AUGGGUAAUGCUGUGGUGUCAUUCUUCCGAGAUUGCUGCAACAAGUUUUUCCGUAAGCAUAUUAUUUUCCAAAUAAGAAUUUGUGGCCCAGCGCAAAGUGGGAAAACCACUCUAGUCAAAUACCUCCUGUACAACCGAUUUUUGAAGGUCAAGCCGACGGAAGGCCUCCUGCCGGAAAAAAUCGACUUUGAAGAAUUUUCAGUCAUCAUAUGGGACUCCCGUUACAGCACAGAGGACGACGCAUCUAUUAACAGGCUAGACAUCGACGCAGUCAUUUAUUGCAUCGACCUCUCCGAUCACGGGAGGUUAAAGAUAGCGAAAAAGGGAUUCUACAAGGUACUGCAGGACUACAACCACAUCGACGACUUCCUAGUCGUGGCAAGCAAACAGGACAAGAAGAGCUGCAUGCUGCUGCAGCACGUCAGGAGUGAGCUCAAGAUUGACCACAUCGUCGAUAGGAACUGUCACCUAGCAGAAUGCUCUUCCAAAACCGGACACGGUGUGGAGCCCGCGAUGAACUGGCUCUUCAAUCAGCUAAUGAACCGUCGCAAGCGAAAUUUGUGUUUCAUAAAAUAAAUGCACCUUAGUCUGUCACCUCCCCGUUGGAGGUAGCGCUGUUGCCAAUAGGAGGGGCUGCUCAUUUGCCCCGCACCAUCACACCUUGCAAGCAGCCACCCAAGGAGCAACGAACUCUUUGCUGUCCCUUUUGCGUAAUCAUUUAUUGCACCUACUCAUUUGAACCUGGUUAACAUUACUAAAAAUUUUAUUCUUCA